AGCGCGAGCCGAGACAGAGCUCUAGAAAGGCAGAUAGAGAGAGAGCGGAGGCAACGGCCCUCUUCAGGAGGGGGGGCUUAUUAUAACAAAUAUACACACAUGUGUGAACUGUUUGGCCGCACGAUAGGGCACAUGUGGAUAACAAUAAUUUUAGAAAAGCAUACAACCGCGGCUUUACAUUUAAAAAAUGCCUAUUUUACUCUUCCUGUUAGACACGUCCGCCUCUAUGAAUCAGCGCACUUAUUUGGGUACGACGUAUCUGGACGUUGCUAAAGGCGCGGUUGAGGUCUUUAUGAAGCUGCGUGCCCGAGACCCGGCUAGUAGAGGCGACAGGUACAUGCUAGUUACAUUCGAUGAUCCACCAUACGGAGUGAAGUCAGUGUUGGGCGGCAUCCCGGUGGCGAAAAAACGGCAAUUUUUUGCUCCAAAUAACCGCAGACCCGGAGAUGCGCUGCCUCCGACCAUCCAGCGGACAUUUUGCUUUUGUGUUGAGAAAAGUCUCGGGCGUUGAGAUGGAGGCGGAGAGAUUUAUUAUCACCUAUGACGUCGCGCUUUUUUUAAAAGCACAAUGUUUUGAUUGGUCAAAGAGCCCGCCAAUCACUCCUUACUCCUCCCCUUGCAUCAUCCACGCAUAACCAUUGGCCAGUCUGGGCUGAAAGUUGAUAAGCCCUCUUCAGCGCGGGGUGGAAGGAGAACCACUCCACCUUCAUGUGCGAGCUGAAGAACCUGCAGGCGUCCGGCCUCACCACGUUGGGUCAUGCUCUCCGCACAGCCUUCGACCUUCUCAACCUCAACCGCCUCGUCUCAGGCAUCGACAACUAUGGACAGGGCCGUAACCCCUUCUUCCUGGAGCCAUCUGUGAUCAUCACCAUCACUGACGGGAACAAGCUCACACACAGCUCUGGGGUGCCAGAUGAGCUGCACCUGCCUCUGAACUCUCCGUUGGCGGGUAGCGAGCUGACCAAGGAGCCCUUCCGCUGGGACCAGCGUCUGUUUGCGCUGGUGCUGAGGCUGCCGGGAGCGUCCACGCCGGACACAGAGCAGCUCGGCAGCGUCCCCACAGACGAGUCUGCCAUCACCCAGAUGUGUGAAGUCACCGGAGGGCGAUCGUACUGUGUGCGGACUCAGAGGAUGUUGAACCAGUGUCUGGAGUCUCUGGUCCAAAAGGUUCAAAGUGGGGUCGUCCUUAAUUUUGAGAAGACCGGGCCGGAUCCGCCUCUCAUUGGUGAAGAGAACUCAGCAGAGCCAACUCGUCCCGUGUCUUCCUUCAGCCCGCAGCCGUGGCACAGCUGCCACAAACUCAUCUACGUGCGACCAAAUCCGAAGACGGGGGUCCCGGUCGGGCACUGGCCCAUACCAGAGUCAUUCUGGCCCGACCAGAACUCUCCGAACCUGCCGCCCCGCUCUGCACAUCCCGUGGUGCGCUUCUCCUGUGUGGACUGUGAGCCAAUGGUGAUCGACAAGCUUCCCUUUGACAAGUACGAACUGGAGCCAUCCCCACUCACCCAGUUCAUCCUGGAGAGGAAGUCUCCCCACAUGUGCUGGCAGGUGUUUGUUUGCAGCAGCGGGAAGCCCUGUGAAAUGGGACAGCCUUUUGGCUACCUCAAAGCCAGCACCACGCUCACCUGUGUUAACCUGUUCGUCAUGCCAUUCAACUACCCCGUGCUGCUCCCGCUCCUCGAUGAUUUAUUCAAAGUGCACAAACUAAAACCGAACCUGAAGUGGAGACAGGCAUUUGAGAUGUACCUGAAGACCAUGCCUCCAUACUUCCUCAUGCCCUUAAAGAAGGCGCUGAGGAUGAUGGGUGCACCUAAUCUCAUUGCAGACACGAUGGACUGCGGCCUGAGUUACAGCGUCAUCUCCUACCUGAAGAAGCUCAGCCAGCAGGCAAAGAUGGAAUCAGAUCGUCUCAUCGUGUCUGUGGGGAAGAAGGCUCCCCAGGAAACGGGCAUCAAAGUGAAGAAUCACUCCUCCACCACCCUCUCUCUGGCCCACCGGCGGGACUUCAAGCAGCUGCUGCAGGGCAUCACCGGGGAGGGGCCGCUGCGCCUGGCGGACAUGAACUUUAAAGAGUUUGCUGGCUUCCAGAUCGCCCUGCUCAACAAGGAUCUCAAACCUCAAGCUUAUCGAAAUGCGUACGACAUCCCGAGGCGGAACCUUCUGGAUCAACUGACGCGGAUGCGCUCCAACUUGCUGCGGACGUCGCAAAAGCUGAUCCGAGGGCAAGACGAAGACUAUCUGCACAGUAUCCCGGUGGCUCAGAUGGGAAACUAUCAGGAGUAUCUCAAAAUGAUGCCGUCUCCUCUGAGAGAGAUCGACCCCGACCAACCCAAGCGCCUGCACACAUUCGGGAAUCCUUUCAAGCAAGACAAGAAGGGGAUGAUGAUCGACGAGGCAGAUGAGUUCGUAGCGGGCCCUCAAAACAAGAAAAGAGGGAAUUCCAACGAUUCAAACUCGAGUACGACGAUGAAGAGGAGGCGGAGCAUGUCCCCGUUACUGCGGCGACCGCAAACUCCACCAUUGAACAACAACCACUUGCCGGGAGGGAAAAGUCCUGCAGCUGUUCAAGGGCAGCAGAACCUCAUAAAACCCAUCCCACAGCACAAAGGAGAGGACGGCAACAACAUGGUGGUGGCUGAGAGUAACGGUGACGCGGAGCCUGAGUCGGGGGGGAUCUGGCCGGCCGAGCUGGAAGCUGUAGCAGAGAGCCCGUCGUCUCCACUGAGCCUCGAGGAGAAGACCGGGCCGGGGGCAGCAGACGAGACGGAGGACGUAGACAUGACGGAGGACAGACUGGCAGAGGACAGACUGGCAGGGGACAGACUGGCAGGGGACAGACUUGCAGGGGACAGACUGGCAGGGGACAGACUUGCGGAGGACAGACUGGCGGAGGACAGACUAGAGGAAGACAGUCUAGAUGAGGAGGUGGAGAGACACAACUGUGACCGACUGAGCCCUCAGAGCCAGAUGGAGGACCCUGAAGCGGACCCCGCGUCGCUGGAGCCCAUCUUCAUCUCCCCGCUGGACGGCAGCCAGGCGGAGCUGAAGAGUCAGAUCAUCAAGGAGGUCCGCAAACCUGGGAGAAACUACGAUUCAAUACUGGGGCUACUGCAGCAGGUGAAAGGACCAGUGAAUGUUCAGAAGUACUUCAUCCAGCACGCCAUCAGAGAGGCCGUCAGGUUUAAGAAGCGGGUUUUGAUCCAGCAGCUGGAGACGUCCCUCUCUGAGCUGGGAGAGAAGCACGCGUCCCCGUCAGAGCUUCCCAAUGAUAACGGCAGCAGUUAGUGACAAAGACACAUUCCCUUUGUUAGUAAAGAAGGGAAUACAGCUCUGAUCUUGUUGACCAUUUCACUCACAGCAAUAGAGAAGUCACUGUCAACUGGCAUCAAGAAGACAGAUUGAAGAUCUUGGGGGUUCGGUCGGGGGGGUUUGAAUACCUCCACUCUCCGUGUGCUGAGAGUUAAUGGAUCCACUGAGGAUGAGGAGAGACUUAAUGUGUAAUCCUCUUCAUAUUGACAGAUGCCUUAAACAUCCGUAUGGCUUUUGUCUGUAUCGGCUCAUUGUUCAGUAGACACACACACACUCCGUCAGGCAAUAAGCGGUCAGAUCCUCCCGAUGGCAGAGCAAAGGAUGGAAAAGUACAUUCCUGUUAUUCUUAAAAAAAACUGUCCUUUCUUCAGCUGGUCUGAAAAAGCACCUUUUUUUCUAAUUCAUUAUUUUUUUGCCUCCAUGGCUAACAGCUACACCUCAUAUCUCCAGUGUCAUAUCGGCAGAACAGACGCACUGAUCAAACACAUACCGUUACCUUAUUUCUUUCCUUUUUAUGUCAGUGGACACCAAUAUGCGCCAGAAUUAGGAGUGGGCGAUACUGAUAAAAAUCUGUGAGCCUAUGUUUUAUGCUGCAUUAGCAAGAUAUAUCGUGAUAUAUCACAUAUCUGCUGGAAACCCAAUUAGAUAACCCCCAUUUUUUGCUAUUCCAGUCAACAAAAAUCCGGACUCAUGGUAUAUUUUGUCAUAUCGCCGACCCCAAAUUAAUAUUUUGUCCUUCAAGUUAACAAAACUCGUUAGCCUAAUGAAUAGGCUUUAUACAUGUGAUCCAUUUGGUUAUUAAAUUGAGAGUUGUAUUGACAUGCUAUUGGAACAAAUUCCACACACUAGCUUUUUAAGACUCAAAUUGAUAAACAGCAACAGUACAAAGAUGAAUCAGCAUUUUGCACUGUCCACUUCCCUUCUGUGUUCUCAUUACUAUCCUCCUACCUGCCAUUACAGCAAUAGAACAUGAGGUCAGUGGACGCAUCUGUCGGUGUCCAUUCAGAGUAUACCUCUCCAACACAGUGUCCACGUAUUUCCUCCACAAACACUCCAUUGAUUCCCAGAAUUUAAACUUGAUUAGGGGGGGUUUCUUCAUCUGUCCAGGCCCACUGCUCAGUCACCUGUUGUGAAGUUUAACAGCUGGUUAAAUCGCCCUGCUUUCUACAUCAACACAAGUUAGCGCUCCUUUUUGUUUUCCUUGUUUUUACGACAGAUGUACACUACUUUUUAAUGUUGAUAAGGAAUAUAGAUUAUUUUUGUGAAUUUGUUUAUUGCAGAGUAUAAGAAAUAUUUUGAAUGCAAUGUUUAAAAGCCAAUUUUGUAAACUGUUAAAUACAUAUAUAAAACGGAAAAGUUUUAUGACUCUACCAUUUUUUUUACAAAAUAAAAAUUAAACCAGUUAGAAUGGUA